AUGUUGAACAAGAAGAUGAAUCUUUCAUUAAAACUUAAUCUGUCGUUGCAACAGAUAGGCGGAGGCGGUGAUCAACCGUUUACGCCUUUGGAACAGACCCUUAAGACCCCUAUAGACCACCCCAUGAUAGGCACACCUCUAGGAUACGGGCACAAUAACAAUAAUAACAACAGUGGUUAUUUUAGCCACCAUCAGGGACAAGGUGGCAUAUCGUCUAAUGGCAACCCUGGCCAUUCUCUCUAUCAACACUACAACGAGUCAGAUGAUAUUCUUACCGAUAUUGACGAACCUAUUUUUGGGUCAUAUAAAACCACCAAGAAUUACACCGUGAGUUUCAACCAAUUAUUUGACCAACUCCUUGUAUCAACUUAUCAAUAUUUCUUGUCACUCCCCACCACAACUCCAUUCCUGGGGAUUAUCCCACCCAGUGGGCUUGUUUCCAAGAUUUCUAACGAGACUUUGAAUAGACUUAUCCAAAGUACCGCCAAUAAUGCCCAAAUAAAUUAUGACCAGCACAAUGUUAUCUCUGAAGAAAUGCUCCGUAAUACAUCUUAUAAGCCAAUAUUUUUACAGCUUAUUCGCAAACGACUUCUUGACAUUUGUUCGCUUAAUGCCGGGAACAAUGUCAAUGGAGGCGGGUUACCCACCACUACUAGUAUCACCAUUACACUGACCAGUGGCGGGAAUGGAGUUCCUUACACUACAAACGUUCGUCAAUCAUCUAUUUCGAACUUGUCAUUGAAUGAAUUGAAUAUAAAUAAUUUCAAUGGGAACUCUGCAGCUGCAGCAGCUGCAGCAGCUAAUAAUAGAUCUAGAUCUUCUUCAGUUUCUCUUCGUAAGCAAUCACUUACCAGAAACAAUUCGUACAGUGGUAACAAUUGGUUACAUGUGGGGAACAUCAAUCAGAUCAGAACGGAACCAACGAUGCAUAACGAUAAUCUUAGUACAGAUUCACUUCAAUCGAUACAAGAUUUCGUACCUCAAUCAUUCAUCAACAAAUCUGCAUCCAACACCCCUCAAACAACCACCAAUUCUCAUGUCAACACUCCAAACAUGUCACAUGGAUUUAAUGCAAUGAUGUUAGAUUACCAGACACCACCCAGUUCAAACAAGGGGUCGAUAUCACAUACAAUUACUCCUCCAUCCCUUUCUCAAUCUUCACACAAUUUGUUUGGUAACGGUCACAACAACAAUAACAACAAUAACAAUGCAGACAAUAUGGUUGAUGAUUUCAACUUUUAUAGUGCUGCCAGGUCAAGAUCUUCUUCAAGAGGAGGAUCCACUCUCCCACGUGCAUUGAAUAUUAACACAGAAGCUGCCAAUUUGGCUAAAUCAAACCCUCAAUACAACUCACAAAACAUGGAUACUUUAGAUUCUCCCUUUAUGUCUGCCAUCACUCCUUCGGAUGAUUGUGGAUAUUUUAGCAACGGGUUUGCAGCUCAAGUAUCGACUUCGCUGGGCGGAUCGAUUCCUGAAAGCCCUACUUCUGACGACAAUGCGUCUAUUUCUUCGACAUCUUCCAGUGGUUCCUCCAAGGGAGGACAACAAAAGGAUGCGAUCAACCUUCCAAGCCAAUUCAGUUUGAGUGAGAAGAAGAGAGAUUCAUUGAAGUUGAAGAGAGGUAUACAUUAG